CUCAACAUUCGUUGCUGGAAAUGGCGCACUGCUCAGAGCGAUCGAUAAUUCUGGUUUAUCAUCCGGGCUACUCAGCCAAGCAUAUAUAAUAGGCUUUCUCCCCUCCUCAGCUCUCCAAUAUACUUACAAUUUCUUCAAACAAGCCAUUCACCUGAAAACCUUCUUCAAUUCCUUACCACUUAUCUUUCGCAAUAAAGCAAAUCCACACGGUCGCAGGAAGCCUCAAUCCCUUACUCCGCUACAAAAUGUCCGAUAACAGGAAGAUCCUCGUCGUAUUCGGUGCCACUGGCAUCCAAGGAGGUUCGAUUGCCCAAGCUAUCUUGCGCGAUUCUGCGGCCUCCGAAGAGCUCAAGGUCCGCGCUGUUACGAGAGACCCUUCCAAGCCUGCUGCCGUAGGCUUGGUUCAGCAGGGUGCGGAGGUCAUAAAGGCCGACCUUGGCGACAAAGAUUCCCUUCGCCUGGCCUUACAGAACGCCUACGCUGUCUUUGUUAUCACGAACUUCUGGGAAGUUCUCGAUCCUGAGACAGAGACAAAGCAGGGCAUGAAUAUCGUUGAUGUUGCCAAGGAAUCGGACGUUAAGCACUUCAUAUGGAGCAGCCUACCUCAUGUUUCCAAGAUCACCGACAACAAGCUCACCGGAGUGGUUCACUUUGACAGCAAAGCCCGGGUUGACGAUUAUAUCCGCGAAAUUGCAAUCCCUCAUACUAUCAUAACAGUUGGCACAUAUACGUCGUUCUUCUUGGAGAUGCUGACACCUCUCCCGACCACUCCUCCCUCUUAUGGAUUAUUCUUUCCCGUACCAGGCAGUGUCAAGACAGCAGUGCCAAUCAUUGACCCAACUGCCGACUUGGGAAAGUUUGUCAAGGCUAUUCUUUUGAGCCCUGAGAAAUCCCUUGGUCGGAAGUUCAAUAUCGCGGGUAGGAGCCACACUGUCGAGGAGGUAAUUGCCGUCGCGAAAGGUCUGGGUGUUGAUGUAACUUUCCAUGCCGUGGACAAGGAGACCUUCAAGGCAGGUAUUGCUUCAAAGGGAUUACCUGAAGUCGUUCAAGAGGACAUGUCGCAACUCGUGCAGUAUACGCAUGAGUACGGAUACUUUGACGGAGCUGGAUUUGAGGAAGCCCAUAAGCUUCUAGUCGACCCUUUGACUACCCUCGAAGAAUCGUUCAAGAACAGUGCGGUCUUCUCGUCUCUACAGAAGAACUAGUUACCUCCAGUCGAAGGGAUGGUAUGUUAGCAGGUUGAUGAAGUCCGAAAGGCUUCACAUACCAUGUGGUCAUUCGUGCUGGUUCGUGGCUCACGGGAAGGGCGUCUUCACAGUGAUGCGCACUUCCAGCUAGAGAAAUAUAUUUGUCUAUAAUAAUGAUCUAGAUUAUUACCAGGAAUU